AUGGAAGGAUACACAAUUGAAGAGAUAUUAAUAACAUAUAAAGCUGAUGACUGCCAAAAAAGGGUUUAUCAUCGAACUGUUUAUUCAAAUAAGAAACCUUUUUCGCAUUUCAUUAAUCUAAACCAGCUUAAUUCAAAACAAGAUCAUUCACAAUCAAAUGUUAAGGAAGAAACAAUAUUCAACGUCAAAUUUAAGCCUGGAGUUCCGUAUAGUGACGUUGUCAAGAAUCUUCAUACUUACAUUUCUCUUAUAUCUGGUGCAGGAUUUUUAAAACACAUCGAAUUGGCAUCACUCCUAAACUUUCAUUGCCCAACAGAAACUACAUUACUUGCGCAUCUAAAGAGCAUAUUGCCAGAUCUUGAGAAAGUUGCAACAGCAAGUUGUGAAGCUAAUAUACAAGAAAUUCUUAAACAUGAUUCAGAAUACAAAUUUAAUGUUUCAUUAGAUUGCGCAUGGAGUUCUAAGCGCGAUGCUUUACAUGCCGUCAUUACGCUUAUAGAUAUAAAUACAAACAAAAUAUUAGAUUUUAGAAUAGUUUCAAGGCAUCCAGAAUUAAUAAAAUUCAAAAGUCCCAAAAUUUUGGUUGAACCAAAAAUUUCACCAGGAUUAAUGGAAAGCUAUGCAUUACGUGAUAUGUUGAAAUCUGAUUUAUGGAAAAAAAUAAAAGUUUUUUGUUCAGAUGGUGAUGUUAAAGAUUCAACAAUGAUAGAGAAUUCUGGUGCACAAUUAUCACAUGUAAGAGAUCCAAAUCAUGUGAUAAAAUCAGCAUUUUCAAAAAUUGUCACUAAAUAUCCUAAAUUUGAAAAAAUAUUUAGGAUCCUUUUUGCAUGCCCAACAUUAAAACCAGAGCAAAAGGUUCAGAGAUGGAUGGGAUUAAUUAAUAGAUAUCCAGGAGAAUCACCAGAGCAUAUCGAAAAAAGAGAAAUUAUUACAAAUAUUGCUCCAUUGUUUCUAAGAAUCAGCAAACAAUAUCAUACAAAUUUCAACGAAGCUUUCAAUUCAUUGAAAGCCCAUUUAGUCCCAAAAAAUCUUCGUUGGAUUAUUGGAUUUCCAGCCAGAAUUUUUGUUUCUGUAUUUGCGUAUAAUGAAGACAAUUGGAAGACAAAACUAAGAAGAUUAAUGGGUAUAGAUGA